CACCAUCAAAUCAGGAACAUGAGUUGCAUGUAGUCUUUUGUUUGGCGCACCAAUUGUUCUCCACUGCUCCCUUCGUUCCAUUCUUUCUCUUCCCUUUCGCUUUGGGUCCAGCGGCUUGACCGCUCCCUUCUUCGACGAUGAAGUCUAUCGCGCUUCGUCUGUUUGUGUUUGUAGCCCUGAUUGUGCUGGCCGCGGCCUGGACUAAAGAAGAUUAUGAAAUCUUUCGUCUCAAUGACGAACUCGCCGCUGCGGAAGGUCCCAAUGUGACAUUCUACGAUUUCCUCGGCGCCAAACCCAACGCCAACCAAGACGAACUGAGCAAGGCUUACCGUCAGAAGUCCCGACUCCUGCACCCCGAUAAAGUCAAGCGGUCUUUCAUCGCCAACAGCUCCAAGGACAAGUCUCGCUCCAAGUCCUCCAAGUCCGGUGUCCAUGUCAACCAGGGUCCUUCGAAGCGGGAAAUCGCCGCUGCUGUGAAGGAGGCACAUGAGCGCUCCGCUCGCCUCAACACCGUCGCUAAUAUCCUCCGUGGCCCGGGUCGCGAGCGCUACGACCAUUUCCUGAAGAACGGUUUCCCCAAGUGGAAGGGAACCGGAUACUACUAUUCGCGAUUUCGUCCCGGUUUGGGAUCCGUGCUUAUUGGCUUGUUCUUGGUCUUCGGUGGUGGUGCGCACUAUGCUGCUUUGGUGCUGGGCUGGAAGCGUCAGCGGGAAUUCGUCGAUCGUUACAUCCGUCAAGCGAGGAGAGCUGCCUGGGGUGAUGAGUCUGGUGUCCGGGGUAUCCCCGGUCUUGAUGGUGCCUCGGCUCCUGCUCCGACUCCGGCACCGGCACCGGAGCCCGAACAGAGUGCUAUGCCUAUGAACCGCCGUCAAAAGCGCAUGAUGGACAGGGAGAACCGCAAGGAGGGCAAGAAAGGCGGCCGGGCGGCAUCCCGGAACUCGGGAACGGCUACGCCUACUUCUGAGCCUCAAAUGGAGCCCAGCGGGGAGAGGAAAAAAGUGAUUGCCGAGAAUGGGAAGGUACUGAUUGUCGACUCUCUUGGAAAUGUGUUCCUGGAGGAGGAAACGGAAGAUGGCGAACGUCAGGAAUUCUUGCUCGACGUUGAUGAGAUUCAGCGUCCGACAAUCCGUGACACGCUGGUCUUCCGCUUGCCGGGCUGGGUUUACUCUAAGACGGUUGGCAGGUUGCUCGGUUCUUCCAAUGCCGUGGAUAGCGGUGCUGAGUCGGAGGAGGAACCUUCCGAAAUCGUGGAGGAGUCGACUGAAGGCGCCGCCAGCUCUGCAAGGUCUUCUAAGGCAAGGAGGCGGGGAAAGCGGUCUCAGAGAUCGUAAGAAAUCCGACAUAGACAGAGAAACCCGCUUACAUUAUAUGCGGUAUUCCCUGUGGUUCAAUGCCUGCUCCAAAGGUUUACGAACAUCCUUGCCAAUGCAAGUGUACAAAUAGAGUUUGGUGUCCAAAAGUAUCUUUGAAGGCCAGAAGGCCGUGGGGACGUUUCAUUGAAAUUGUGUCUAAAUACUUGAACAUUUGCAUAACACCGUAAACGGUAAAUAUCAAAA